AUGAGUCAUGAAGUCGGUACGUUUAUCUGGGCUGCUCCGGAAGUGCUCAAGGGGAGCCAGCUCACGGUAGCUGCCGACAUUUACAGCUUUGGAAUGCUCUUGUCGGAAUUGGACACCAAGUUCCAUUUGAUGGCAUGA